UCGCAAAUCUCUUCAAUGCUGCAUCCGUUGAUCUUUUUGGGGAGAUAUGUUCUUGCGUGCAGCAUGGUAUAUAUCUGACCUCUGAUCUCACAAGUGCGCGACAGCUUGUUUGCCUUUGAGAAAGAGAACUCAUUGGGUAUUAUGAAAUCUGGGAGAGAAGCAUUCACUUACACUCUGGCUGGGACCCCAAUGCUGCUGCCUUCGGCUAUCGACCAAUCAUUAAGAAAAGUGAAUAUUGUGCCACGUGAGGCAGCGUUUGCCCACCAUAGCAUGGUAUAAAUCUGUGCCGCAGCGCAACACCACUCAAGCUCCACCACUGGCCUCGACCCUCGACCACCACGACAUUGAAUCAAGAAUUUUUGGCCGAAUAAAAUUACCAACGCGAACAUGGGUAUCCCCAAGCUUCCCUCAGAGAUUUUCAACAAAAUCAUAUACCAGCUCGUUGUAGACCUGGGCAUGUGCGGCGCCUGGAAACUUCGACUCGUCUCCAGAUCUUUCAAAGCUGAGAUCCGAUAUUGUCUUUUUGCACAACAACCAUGCGCAAAUCUGAACGUUGAGUGCGAGUCUCAUGGGGGUGAUUUCACGAGAUGCGCCGAGAUCCUCGAGAAAAAUAUCGUCGAAUACCUUGGCUAUCUUUCGAAGAAUUCGCGUGAUGCGGCCCCUGAUCUACCGCGCUACAUCUCCGACAUGAGCUCCUACAUCAUACGAGAGCUCGAUAUCGUUUCGAAGGAGGAAGAAUUGGACGUUGUCGACACUAUGUGCAAAGGAAUGGUCAGGGUUAUGGGGGCUGAUCGCGUAGUCAGAACCCUCUUCUCUGAACUGCAAGACGAUUCCUCAAAGUUCGAGGAAUAUCGAAGCAGCAGGAGCUUGGAGGUACGGGGACUCUCGGAGGCCCACAUCAAAGCAGCCGCCGCCAUCUGCAUGAACGCCAAACAUCUGGUAUCAAGGCUUAUUAAGCAAGGCACAAUGCUCUCCUCGACAGGAGUCCUACGUCCACUCCGCUUUGCAAUACAUUUGGCCGACCUUAAGAUGGUGAAGAUGAUCGCACCCCGUGUAACUCGAUCUGCGAUCGGCAGAAAUGAGAAGACUGAUAGUAACGGAGUCCUCAGCGACAUUGACGACGCAGUCACCUUCGCUAUUCAGGAAGGCAGUUUUGUCAUACUGGACUACCUGGUCAAUGUUCGAAUCGAGGAACGUGAUAACAUUCGUUAUUCACAGUUCGACAAGUGGUUAUACCGAGCCAUCAGACGGAAGCGUCCUACGAUGUUAAAGACUUUUCUUCGACUUCAUCACCUCGUUGAGGAAUACCGAGGCAGUAUUGGUGGUUCCGGCGAAGUCAUUUUCAGGAAAAUGUGCAUGGACGGCGAUGUCGACAACCUAUCCACGCUGGUCAGGUUACAAAUGAAGGAUCCGAAGGCCAGACUUCCAUGGAGUUCCGCAGUAUUAGACGCAGUCAAAAGCCGAAAUCCCGAAAUAUUGAAAUGGGUUCUUGACUCUGGUUUCCAUCCCGAUGGCCAGCGAAGGUACACCAGGGUGAUGGAUUCCUCGAAUUUCCGACCUCUGGGAUGGGCAAUUCACAAAGAAGAGGGAUACGUGCCUGAUUCAGUCGAUCGGAUAAUUCUUCGUCUUCUUUUGAGCUAUGGCGCGAACGAUUUUGGACGAAACAUGAAGCAGUCAGAAUAUCGUUUUUUCAGCGAGGUGGCAAUCUCAAUGGGGUUCCGGAACAUACCAACGUGGGAAGUGUACAGUGAUUACAACAUCAAGUCGAGGUGGCCGAUGAGAUCCACUCUUUCUGAUUAG